ACUGCCACCAAAAGUUGUGGUUGUAAGAAAGAGGCACCACCACCAAAGCUCAAACCUCACUCCCUUACUUCCUUACUUUACUUCCUCACUGCCUCACUCGGUCUUCAAAACCCUACUACUGCUGCUUCUUCUGUGUCUUUUCAUGGGGUAGUGAGCACAAACUCACCUCCAUUUUCAUCUUUCUAAGGAUACCCAUUAUUGUACUUCAUUUUUGCUCUCUGGAAGUGGAGAGGAAAGGGUUUAGAAGUGAAGAGAAAACCUUCCGGAUAGUGGAAGAAUACCUCUAUAUUAUCAGCAUAGUGUCCAUGGAUUCAUAUGAGGCUACUAGGAUUGUGUUCUCGAGAAUCCAAGCUUUGGAUCCAGAAAAUGCCUCUAAAAUCAUGGGGUAUAUUCUUCUGAUACAAGAUCAUGGUGAAAAGGAGAUGAUUCGCUUGGCUUUUGGCCCUGAAACCCUUCUCCACAACCUCAUCCUCAAGGCUAAAACUCAGCUGGGCAUUUUGUCGAACACCCCUUCCACACCCACGUCUCCUUCUCCUUUCAACCCCAUUUCCAAACCCACUAGGCUCCCCACCAACAAUGGCUUCAACCCUUCUUCAUCGUGGCCAGUUUCGGGAUUUUCGGAUCUCCGCAGCCCCAAUUCCACCACAGCACAGCUCUCAUACGCUGCCGUUGUCAAUGGCGCCACCAAUGUGAGCGAUUUAGGUACUGUGUCGUCGUCUCCGGCUUCGAUUCCCUACUACAACAACUGCAGCAGCAGCAACAACAGCAGUGUUGUCUGUAACGACAACGUCAUGGACGAUUAUCAGCUCCAGGACCACCUCUCCUUCCUCAAUGAUGCUUCAAAACCUGAAGAUUUGUUUGACCCGCGUCUGGAAUUGGCGAUGAGCCCUUCUUUUGGCGAGACUCAGCUCCACAGGCGGAGCUACUCUUUCAACGAUGCUUGCUAUGGGUCUGAUGACGGAGCUUCUGGGUUCGGAUGGAAGCCGUGUCUCUACUUCGCUAGAGGGUUCUGCAAGAAUGGGAACACUUGCAAGUUUCUUCACGGUGGUUUCGCGGAUUCUGUGGAGGCUUCUUCGGCGGCCUCUGCUGCCAUUGUUGGGUCGCCGGGCAAGCUUGAUGGGUUUGAGCAGGAGAUGCUUAGGUCGCAGCAGCAGAGACUGGCCGUGGCUUCGCAGCUUAUGGCUGGGCUGAAUUUCCCAUACAACAAGUGCAUGAAUUUUUUUAUGCAGCAGAAUGAGACUCAGAGAUCCGCUGCGGCAGCAUUGAUGAUGGGCGAAGAGCUGCACAAGUUUGGGCGGUGCCGGCCAGAAAGGAACGAUUUUUCCGGGAUGGGAUUGGGGGGAGCAGUGAACCCAGGGUCCAGACAGAUCUACUUGACAUUUCCAGCUGAUAGUACGUUUAGAGAAGAAGAUGUUUCCAAUUAUUUUAGUAUUUUUGGGCCAGUUCAAGAUGUGAGGAUUCCAUACCAGCAGAAGAGGAUGUUCGGAUUUGUCACUUUCGUCUACCCCGAGACUGUGAAGCUCAUUUUAGCUAAAGGGAACCCCCAUUUCGUAUGUGAUUCGCGUGUGCUCGUAAAGCCCUAUAAGGAGAAGGGAAAAGUCCCGGAAAAGAAGCAACAGCAUCAACAGCAGCAACAGCAGCAGCAGCAGCAGCAGCAGCUGGAGAGGGGAGAGUAUUCGACAUGUUCAAGCCCAUCUGGAAUUGAUCCUAGAGAGCCCUAUGACCUCCAUCUUGGGGCAAGAAUGUUCUACAAUACCCAAGAGAUGUUGUUGAGGCGGAAGUUAGAAGAGCAGGCUGAUUUGCAGCAAGCCAUAGAACUCCAAGGAAGGAGGCUGAUGAAUUUGCAACUCCUAGACUUGAAGAACCACCAACACCAGCACCAGCACCAUCUGCACAAUCUCUCUGGAGGAGCACCAGUUGCCUCCCCUACUCAAUCCAGCAUUCACAAUAACCAAAGUCUUGGUCUUCCAUCUGAUGGCAAUAAUCAAGAAGUCCCUGAAGAGAACAGCAGUAGUCCAGCUGCAACCACUUCUCCAACUGCAGCAGCUGAUAAGCCACUGAGGCAGGAAGUGAAUAUAUCUUGCAAUAGCAACAGUGGCAACGACAGUGGCAAUAAUAGCACAGAGGAGAGCUCCAAUCCCGCAGACUUUGACCUCCAUGAAAGCUUGGAGCACAUCCUCCCUGAUAGCCUCUUUGCCUCUCCUACGAAAUCAGCUGGCGACCGCUCUGUUUUCUCCACAUCUUCAGCCUCUGUUGAUGAAAGCGCCACAAUUUCAGUUACACCUGCUUCUAACAACAACCCGGUGCUACCCGGAACCACUCUUAACAUGGCCUCUCUUAAAUCAUGUUUCUUCGAAAUGCCAAGGUUUCCUUCUGGGCAUGGAGCCAUUGAAAUGUAGGUGAUAAAGGUGAUUGUGGGCAGCAAUGGAGGGAUGUGACUUUGCUUGGGAGUGAGUAGCAUAUACAAGGAAGAAAAAAUCCUCUAGCUGUAUAGCCAAACCAUAUCCACAUCAAAGAAAAGAUCUGUAGAGAAGAUCUCAUCAAGAUCAUCAUCAUCAUCAUCAUCACCAUCAUCAUCAAUACAUACUACUUACAACAAAUACAUAAUGCACACGUUAAAGGACAGAUGAACUGAUUUAUGGGA